AUGUUUCCCGCCGUUUACGCCCCUGCCCAGUACCCUCCGCAGCCCCCGUUUGGUACCCCCAGCCCUACUACAACCCGCAACCCUACUGUCCUCCCCAACCCUACUACAACCCCCAGCCGUACUAUCCUCCCCAACUCUGCUAUCCUCCCCAGUUCUGCAAUCCUCCGCAACCUUACUAUUCCCCCAACCCUACUAUCCUCCUCAGCCCUACUGCCCUCCUCAGCCCUACUGCCCUCCUCAGCCCUACUGUCCGCCCCGGAAUCAUACCGGUGCGGUGUGUGUGGCAAGGUCAAGGAAAACGCGCUCCGGCUAGUUCGUCACUCCAUCAUCCGGGAGCACGGGAACAUACGAUUGAACAAUUUCCGACUCCUGGGCAACGGUAGCUGUGCCUUCUCCGGCAUCAAGCAGAAGUUUACUUCGUCUUGGGAGCAUCUGAGCAAGACGAGUACCAAAAAUUCUAGCGGCAACCCAAUGUUUGGGGAGGGGAUUUAUACAACGCAGACCUCGUCAAAGGCAGAUGAUUACGUGCUCAAUCACCGCAUCCGUUCCCAGAAGCACGUUAUGAUCUUGUGUCUCGUCUAUGUCGGGCGAUCACAAACUCUCUACCAAGCGGACCAUAACAGGACUUCAGCAGGGGCCGGAUAUCACAGCGUCACUGCCGCUACUACAGCCAACGGGGCGCGGUGCGAUAUGACGAAACAGUCGUGUAUGAUGACUGCUCUAUAG